GCCGCCGGGCACAGGUCGGGAUGCGCCGCCGCCUCUGGCUGGGCCUGGUCUGGCUGUUGCUGGCGCGGGCACCGGGCGCCCCGGGCGGGUACCCGCAUCUGGAGGGCGACGUGCGCUGGCGCCGCCUCUUCUCCUCCACCCACUUCUUCCUGCGUGUGGACCCUGGUGGUCGUGUGCAGGGGACGCGUUGGCGGCACGGCCAGGACAGCAUUGUUGAGAUCCGCUCGGUCCGUGUGGGCACUGUGGUGAUCAAGGCUGUGUAUUCGGGCUUCUAUGUGGCCAUGAACCGCAGGGGCCGCCUCUACGGGUCGCGGGCCUGCUCUGUGGACUGUAGGUUCCAGGAGCGCAUUGAGGAGAACGGCUACAACACAUACGCCUCAAGACAUUGGAGGCACCGCGGCCGACCCAUGUUCCUGGCACUGGAUGGCCAGGGCAUUCCCCGGCAAGGCAGGCGGACACGUCGGCACCAACUGUCCACACACUUCCUGCCAGUGCUGGUCUCGUCUUGAAGGGCCUGCUGAUGGUUCAGGAGGCCUGGGUGGCACAGAGAGAGGGCCUGGAAGAUCUGGGGUUGGGCAGCAAGGGGCCCAGGCCAGGAACCCUG